AUGGGUAUUAUAUUCAAAUUUAUUUUAUUUUUAGCUCAAACAAAUACAAAAUUAUUUAUUUCCCACUGUGGAAUGAACAGUUUUAAUGAGGCAAUGUAUGCAGGUGUUCCCCUUCUUUGUAUUCCAAAAUUUGCUGAUAUGUUUCACCUUUCUUCUAUAGCUGAAUAUUUGGGUAUCGGUAAAUUUAUAUGGGCGGCUAGAGAAGUGAAUGAUGAAGAGAUUAAAAAUGAAAAUUUUAUAGAGGAUUUUUCUGAAGCUUUGGAAGAAACGAUAAGCGGAGAGUAA